AUGGAUGAUUUCGUGAAAUUUUCCGAACCGUCUCUUCCACCGCAAGAAGAAUUUUACAGUAGUUUGACCGACGAAGGUAUUACGGACGAAGAUUACGAACAUGCGAAAAAAGUCUGGAAGUCGUUCGAUAUGAAAUCCAUGCGUGAAUAUCACGAUCUUUAUUUGAAAGUAGACGUGUUAUUACUGGCAGACAUCAUGGAAAGAUUUCGUGAGAUUUGUAUGGAGAAUUACGAAUUGGAUCCUGCAUGGUAUUAUACGUCACCGGGAUUGGCAUGGGAUGCGUGUCUGAAAAUGACACGUAUCCGUUUGGAUUUAAUUUCCGAUCCGACCAUGUUUAAUUUUAUCGAAAAGGCAAAGAUACGCCUCCGCCAAUAACAAGUACGUAAAAAAAUUUGAUCUGGAAAAAGAAAGUACAUUUUUACCUUACUGGGAUGCAAACAAUCUGUACGGUUGGGCCAUGUGCGAAAAACUUCCGUACGGGAAUUUUGAAUGGAUGAAAUUAGAUCAGUUGAAAAACUGGGACAGUCUUCCGGAUGGAAAAGGUUGUUACGUCGAAGUAGAUUUAAAAUAUCCGGAAGAAUUACACGAUCUGCACAACGACUAUCCGCUGGCUCCGGAACGUCUUCAAAUAGGAAAGGUCAAUAAACUCGUUCCGAAUUUAAACGAUAAGAAAAAGUAUGUCGUUCAUCAUACGACGUUAAAAAAAUAUGUGGAAUUAGGAUUGAUCGUGACAAAAAUUCAUCGCGGCCUGAUGUUUUCGGAAAGGGCAUGGAUGUCAGAAUAUAUUCAGUUGAAUACCGGUCUGCGUAAAAAAUUUCGAAAGUAAUUUUUUCAAACUGAUGAACAAUUCGGUGUUUGGAAAGACGAUGGAAAAUGUUCGCGAUCGUAUCAACGUGAAGCUCGUUAACAAUGAAAAGAAGUGGAAUAAAUUAGUGAAAAAAAGUUAUUACGUCUCAACAGACAUAUAUACCGAGCAUCUGGCGUUGGUUCACAUGCGAAGGACGACCGUUCGUUUGGAUAAACCUAUUUAUGUAGGUGUCGCCAUUUUAGAUAUCAGCAAGACGUUGAUGUACGACUUUCACUACAAUUACGUGAAGAAAAAAUAUGGAGAAAAAGCAGAACUUCUUUUCACGGAUACGGAUUCGCUUCAUUACGAGAUAGCGACCGACGAUCUUUUCAAAGACAUUACAUCAGACGUUCGUCAGAAAUUUGAUACGAGUAAUUUUCCAGAAUCUCAUCCGUCUGGAAUUCCGUGUGGAAUGAAUAAAAAAGUCAUCGGUAUGAUGAAAUUCGAAACGGGUGCAGGUCAGAUUAAAGAAUUUAUAGGAUUACGUCCAAAAUCAUAUUCGACACUCAACGACGAUGGAAAAGUGAUAAAAAAAUGUAAGGGAGUUAAAAAAUGUGUUGUGAAAAAAGAUAUGUCGCAUCAACAUUAUAAAGAUGUUCUAUUCGGUGAAAUAGAAAGACGUGUAGGCAUGACGACACUUCGUAGUCAUUAUCAUAACAUUUAUACCGAACGUUUGGUAAAAACGGCACUUUCGGCCAGAGACGACAAACGGUAUAUUUUAGACGAUAAAAUUCAUACGCUGGCAUUGGGUCAUAAAGACAUUCCCGAAAAAGAACGUACGUUAUCAAAGAUCGACUUGGAAUAUCAUGGAACUUGUGAAUUUCCUUCCGUCCAGGAACUGGAAGAUUUGAGAAAGUCGGAGGAACCGGUGAAAGAAGAAGUACCUAUCGAAAAGAAAAGAGAACUUCAGGUUUUCAGUAUUCCUGCAACGACGGAAGGAAUAGUGAAUUUUGCACGCGAGAGAGUCACACAAAAAGCAUCGGAAGGAAACUGUAGUAUAUCCUAGUGUUUUCUGUAAAACCUUACAAGUCAAUCUUGGUAACAACUUUCAGCAAAAUUCAAGACUUAUCUGUAAAACCUUACAAGUAAGUCUCGGUAACACCUUUCAACAAAAUUUAAGACCGACUUGAAAGAUCUUACAAGUCAAUCUCGGUAACAACUUUCAACAAAAUUCAAGACCGUUCUCAGAUUCCUUACAAGUAAGUCUUGGUAAGAACUUUAAACAAAAUCAAAGAUUGACUUGAAAGAUCUUACAAGUAAAAUUCUAGUAAAUUUCAAGUAGUUUCUUUCAAAAAAAAAUUUAUUUUUUUUUUCAUACAAAUAAAGAAAAUGACAGGACCAACAGAUAAUCCGGAACAGGUAGGACCAGACCCCAGAAUCACCAUCGGACCUUUGGAAAGGGCCGCGUACUUACGCCUGGCCGAUGUUGAACACGAGAAAGGGGUAUGGACGGGUAUAAUCUUGGGAGCAUUGUUUAUUACUUGUUUGGAUGUAGUAGUAAAUGUCGGGUUAAGACUAGUAUACCCGACAUUUGCAAGAAACCAUUGUGCGGAAAAGGAAGAGGAAAGAGAAAGAGAAAGAGAAAGAGGAAAAAGGUUCUCCAGGACCGGCUUUUAAUUUCGUACAGAUCAAUCUUGGUCACAAUUCCGACAAGACUAAAGACUGAUUUCAAGUAAAUUAUAAAAAGUAUUUUCAUACAAUAAAGAAAAUGACCGAAGUAAAUCCAGAAUCUGUGACCAGCCCCACAGAUCCAUCGAAAAAAGUCAAGGAUCCACGUCGUGUCGAAGCUGGAAAAAGAUUGGCAAAAAUUAGUCAACAGGCCAAGGCUGCGAAAAAAGCAAGGGCCGAAGAAAAUUUAAAAGCGGAAGUUCGCGGGGAAUGUACGACGGAUGAAGGAUGGAUUUCCGUCGAGAAAUUAUGUUUGGUUCUCGGUGUAGGAAUCGGGUUGGGAUCGUUGUAUCUCACGUGGAAAAGUCGUUGUGACGAGAAAAGUCCUGUGAAACAGGAUGAAAUUAUCUACGAGAAUAACAACGAUGCGGAAAAAGAUCCACCGAAAGAACCGUUCGACGACUUGUUUGAUUGAAAUGGGAAAAUACAGAAUGUCUGGAUUCCAGACAUUUUAAACUGUUCCUACGACGAAUCACCGUAGGAACAAAUGCUUGAAGCUUGUUUGAUAGUCCGGAUUCAUUCCGUCGUGAUUCACGACGGAAUGAAGGAUCUGGACUAGGGAAGUUUAUGAAUUUACAACGUCUUAUAAGAAACUUUAUACGAUAAUAAAAGAUGAGUAUAGAGUUAUUUACCAUUCCGGAAUUACUAGGAAAAGGAAAGAUUACCACCGUUAGGUCUGUUGAUGGAACAAUUUAUUUUAUCGCCAGGGAGAUAGCAUCAGCGCUUGGUUACAUCAACCUAAGUGAUGCGAUCAUCAAACACACAGAUACAAGAUCGAGGGUCACGCUCGGUGAAAUCCAGACUAUCGCGUUUCGCGAUAGUCUAGACCCUCUGGUAUGUAUGCGUACGGAUACAGUAUUUAUAACCGAAUCCGGUGUUUACGAUCUUGUAUUUGGUUCUAGAUUACUCGCUGCAAGGGAAUUUAGGUGGUGGGUCGUAAAUGACGUUCUUCCAUCCAUCCGGAAAACAGGGAAAUAUAUGUUACCGGGGGUGUUGCCAGCUAUCGACAACGUUAAGGACGAAGGAUUACGUCAACUUUCCGGGGAAGAACGGAAAGAAGGACGUGGGAAACUAAGGUAUAAAAGUAAUAUCGUCAAAGAUCCGAAAGCAGUUUCGCGUGGAAGAAAAGGCGGACUAGUCGCCCAGGAAAAUACCAGACAGACUAAGGUGAUAUCACGCGAAAGGGGAGCUAGGAUCCUCGAACUCGAAAAAGAACGGGAUGAUCUUGAAGAGGAACUGGAUGUCCUCACAGACGAACGGGGUGAUCUCAUAGAAGAACGAGAUAAUAUCACAGAAGAACGGAACGGUCUCGAAGAAGAAUGGAACGAAGCUAGGCAGAGGGUACACGAUCUCGAAGUGGAAAUGGAUGAAAAGGAUGAAAGAAUUCGUGAACUCGAAGAUGAGAACGAUGAACUUCGAACCAGUGAUAGGUGUUAAUAAAUUUUUUUAUUUCUUUCCACAAGAAAUAAAAGAGAGAAUGUCCGAUACCAAAAAAGAAUUCGUUCAGGAUCUGUACGACGCUGCACUUUUAACGUCUGGAGUCGUUGGAAUUUCGUAUGCGGCGAAAACAAUUGCGGGAAAAAGUCUGGGCGCACCGAUGACGUUAGAAGGCGCGAUGAAACUCGGUGUGGCCGUGGCGGGAAGUUCCGUGGCCAUCGCGUAUCUCAAAGACAAAGGUUACGUUCCAAAAACAAUCGGUCAAUAAAUGACAACCAAUCUAGUAGUCGGUGGAUUAUUCAAUGCGGUCGCUUUUGCAGGCGCGGGAUUCUUAUUUUCCCAUUUGAAUCAAAACGGAUACAAAGAAGUCAAAAGACAUAAUCAUGCGCUGGAAGAAUUAGCGGCGGCGAAAGAAAAAUUUUACGAAUCCGAAGUGAAAAGAUGGAACGAUGAAAUACGACGACGGCAGGAAAUUUUAGAUGCGAAUCACGAUAUCGAAGAGACGAAUAAAGCAUUGGAUGCAUUACGAACUUAUAAUCAACGACAAGAUUUAAAUGCAAUAGAUCGUAAACCUAAAUUCGGGGAUUAUUAUCAACCGUCGGACGAAAUGCAAAAAUAUUUAACGAUGACGGUUGGGAUUUUAGGGGUGGGAAGCGGUUACGUACUGACGCGAAUUUUUUAAGAUGAGAAAAGUCUUAAAAAAAUUUUCUAGGUCACCAGGAAACAUCUUAGAUUCGUUGAUCUACUUCGUACGGUUGCUUUUCCAUCCGUACCGAUAUUUCUAAACUUUAAUCCAUAGACCGUGAUUUUCUGUCCAACGUAAAAAAAUGUAAACGUCGUACGAACGAUACCACUGGUCUGUGUUUCGCUAAAUACGGUAACGUUUCCAGUCUGUCCAUCGCGAAAUCCGUACGCGGGAGAUUGUGUUUCCUGGUUGAUCAGCGAACCACCGACCCUGAAAAUAAUAAACUUUGCAUCGUUCCGGUUGGUUUCGGAAAUGACUGCACUUUCGAGAAAUCCAGGCGGUAGUCCGACCUUUUGGACGAGAUCGAUCUGAACGGGUGGAUUUCUUCCAACUUCGUUCAGAUCGAUCAAUUCGGUCUUAUUUUUCUGAAUCUCGGCCGUAUUAUCUUGUUGUUUCAUUUCGAUCUCCGUUACUUUUUUCUUCAAAUCUUCGUCAAAGUAGUCGUAUCCCAUCAAUAUACUCAUUUAUUUAAAUAAAAAGUAAGCAACUCCCAUCGAUGCAACGGCUAAAAUUUUGAAAGUGGAUGGAUUUUGUAAAUUUCUCGUAGGACUUGUUGAAGUUUUCAUAGGACUUGUUGAAGUUUUCAUAGGACUUGUUGAAGUUUUCAUAGGACUUGUUGAAGUUUUCACAGGACUUGUUACUGAAUUAUUCACAGGACUUGUUACCGAAUUUUUCACGGGACUUGUUACUGAAUUUUUCACGGGACUUGUUGGAGUUUUCACGGGAGUCUUUGUAAAAUUCACCUCGUCAUUUUUUCCAAACGUCAUGCCACUUCUGGCCAACGUUAAAAUAUUGUUGUAACCUUUCAAUGGUUUUUGUAAAAUCCGCAUGUCGGACGGAAUGAGAAUCAGACCUGGCAUAAUGGCAAAAUUUAACACGACGUUCGUAUCCGCGAUCGCCGUACGCAUGUUUCGAAUGAUCGUCGUGAUAUCGUUCUGAACGAUACUGUCUUUUAAAGCUUUUCGAAAUACGUCUUGGGUCUGUAAACUUUUUGCGCCUUGUCCCGUAAUACUCCAACGGGUUUUGGCUUGUGCUCCGAGAACCGCGUAAACGUAAACUUCCAGACUCUGUUGAAAUAAUCGUUGUCCAGUCUUCGUUAAUCCACGCGAUGUUUUUGGAAUGAAUGUUUUAUAAUCUUCCGUGACAUUUUUCGGAAGUCUUUUCGUUAAAUAGUCGUACGCGAUGUAGGUUCCGCCGUAUCGCGUACGAACGUAAUGAUGAUUUCGAAUUUUACGACGCGUAUCGGCGGGUAAAUCGUAAUACCACGUUCCAAGAUUGGCAUGCGUCGAUGCGGUUCGUCGUUCCCACGUUUCGGUCGUCGGCAUGUAUUUUUUCAAAACGUAAAGAUCGUCUUCGUUUAAAUAAUGAUCCAUUAAUCUUGAAUCUUUCAUAAAUUUUUCCAUCUGAUAAUGAACGUGAAAUUUCACGAUGAAGGUGAUCAGAUUGGAAUCGGACAAAGUAUUAUUCAAAUGGUUUUCCGAAAUCCCGGAUUUAAAUGUUGUGAUGUAACAGGCUGCUAACGAUCUGAAAUAAGAAUUUUGAUGAUAGUCGAACGGAAUUAAAUUUACAAAAUUUCCCGUUCCCGUGUACUCGGGUGUCGUAUAUUCUAAGUCCACGGGAAAAGAAUCUGCUUCCGAGACGUAGAUUUUAAACAUGUGAAAAUUUACGGCAAAGUCUAAAUUCGGACGAAAUAUCAUAUCGGAUUUAACAUUUCGCCAUCCGUCUUUCCAAUAUAAAUAUUUGGUCCAUUCUGGAUUUCCUAAAAAUGUUUCGGACGUAAUAUCGUAACUGAUGAAUUCAUCCACCUUGUAAGAAAUUUCGGUCGAACUUAACGUUCCAUCUUUUACAAACGUCACGUUAAAUUCAAACUUGGAUAAUAUGGCAUUCGGAUAUUUUUGAAGAAAAUUAAUCUUGAGUUUCUGAAUUUCUAACGGAUAAGCUUUUCGAACCCUUUCGUAAUUUUUUCCGUAAUAGUCACGGAAAACUUGUUCUUCCCCUUCCAUCUUUUAUUUCCUAGAUGAUAUACAAAUCCAUCAAAGCAUUGCACGGUGUAAUUCCAUCGACGUUGGAUUUCACGUCGAAAUGAAGUUCGUGGUAAAUCCCCGCAUCGGCUUGCACCUGGCUUUCGAUGUCGUUGUAUUUCAUCGUCGUUCCGAAUAAAGGUUUCGUUCCGUCGAUGGGAAGGGACGAUAUGAUACUACUCGGAUAGCCGUCGGGAUUUAUAUUUUGGGAUCGGUUCGCUAAAUUACAACCGAUCGUGACGUAACGUAAUCCUUCGUGUAUAUCCACGGGAUGCUGACCCGGAUGUAAUUCCGAAAAUGUCGUAUAUCCCAACAGAUGAUUUAAUUUCCACGGAUUAAAAGACUUGACACUUUUUCCGAAUUUUAUUUGAAUUCGUCCGUCUGGAAAAUCUUCGACGACGAGACCGUGACUUUCUAAUUUCUGACGCAAUUGUUUAAACGUCCAGUAUCCAUUUUCCAACAUGACUUUUUUCUUGUCAACGGAAAAAUAAUUAUUGUAGUUUUUACGAAUAUUCUCGUACGUCCAGAAUAAAGCAACUGUUUUUACAUAGAGUCUAGAUGUCGGUGUUAGAAUCAACGGACUCUGUAAUUUCAUCGUAGUUUCACCGUCCCGAAUAAAAACUGUAAUCUUUUUCAUUUAUUAUAAACUAUGGAUACAUUGGAUCUUGGUUUACGCGAACUGUAUUUUAACGUCAACGGUGGAUACAUGUCGAUGGAAAAACUUUAUCGGGAUGCAGUGAAAGAAAAUAUUCCCGGUGUCACGCGUGAAAAAGUGAAAAAAUGGUUGCAAACGCAAAAUACGUACGUCGUUCACAAACCGACACGAGUUCAUUUUAAAACGCAACGAACGUAUGUCGACGGACUUGCCCAACAAUUACAAUUGGAUCUGGUAGAUAUGCAAACCUACAGUCGUGCGAAUAAAGGUUACAAAUGGAUUUUAACCUCCAUCGAAAUUUUAAGUCG